GCUUCCGUAGGCUGCGACACGGAAUGACGUCACAACCGAGCUAAUCCAAAACAUCGACGACACACCAGUAAGAAGAUCCACUUUCCUCCUAAAGCAUCGUCCCUGCGUACAUCAUUUGGACUCGAAUGUCAGCAUGGCUGCUCAGAAGAUAAACGAAGCCCACGAACACAUAGCCAAAGCUGAGAAAUGCUUAAAGACAAGCCUGACUAAAUGGAAGCCGGAUUUUGACAGCGCUGCCUCAGAAUACGCCAAAGCCGCUGUGUGCUUCAAGAACGCCAAGCAGUACGAGCAAGCCAAGGAUGCUUACCUGAAGGAGGCAGAAUAUCACACAGAGAACAAGACGCUUUUCCACGCUGCCAAGGCCAUUGAGCAAGCAGGCAUGAUGAUGAAGGAGCAGAAGAAGAUGCCGGAGGCCAUCCAGUACAUUGAGAAGGCGUGCAUGAUGUACAUGGAGAACGGGACACCCGACACCGCCGCCAUGGCUCUGGACCGCGCUGGAAAACUGAUUGAACCAUUGAACUUGGAGAAAGCAGUGGAUUUGUAUCAAAAAGCUGCCGGCGUGUUUGAGAACGAGGACCGUCUGCGUCAGGCUGUGGAGCUGCUGGGCAAAGCCUCCAGGCUGCUAGUGCGGUUAAGAAGGCUGGAUGAGGCGUCGGUUGCCUUGCAGAAAGAGAAGAACAUGUACAAGGAGAUAGAGAAUUUUCCAAUGUGCUUCAAGAAAACGACAGCUCAGGUGCUGAUUCACCUGCACAGAGGCGACUAUGUGGCAGCAGACAAGUGUGUCAGAGAGAGUUACAGCCUCCCGGGCUACAGCGGCAGCGAGGACAGCGUCGCCAUGGAGACGCUGCUGCAGGGCUAUGACGAGCAGGACGAGGAUCAGGUGUACCGCGUGUGCAACUCACCGCUGCUCAAGUACAUGGACAACGACUAUGCCAAGCUGGCCAUCUCUCUGAGGGUCCCUGGGGGCGGAGCCAAGAAAAAGAAGGCCCCUGCAGCGCCAGCAAACGGCGCCGGCGGGCCCCCUGCUGCGGAGGACGAGGACGAGUACGAGGGAGGGCUCUGUUAGCCACUGUGAGUGUCCCCUGCUUUACCUCAUGUUAAAACCUCAAUCUGUGCAAAAGAAGAUGCUAAAAUACUGUAAAAAAACAAAAACAGUUCCAUUAGGUGUUGCAAGUAAAUAAAUUGUACAUUUUAAUUUGCAUUGUGAUAUCAUUCCUGGUGUACAUUUUUGUCAGUGAGUCUAAAUAUGAAUUGUUGAUAACACAAUCAGUACUGUAUGUAAGAAGAAUAUGUGGACACUGAUUAAUAUUGUUUGAUUUCUUCAGUAUUUUAAUGGCUGGCUGUUGAAGACAAAACUAAUGCAUGAUUUGACACGCUGGACAAGACACUGAUUGUCCUCCUCCAGCUUUAAUGCAAAUAAAAUAUAAUAAACUUACUUCCUGGGCGUCUACCCUGCAGUAUGUUUAGAUGAAUGAAGAUUUAUUGUGCAGUCUGUUCUUGAAUGCAAAGGUAACAACAGGAUUGUUAUGUUUAUGCAUAUUUUUUUAAGUUUCGUUUUUAUUGUGAUCUUGUCCACUUACCCGGAGUAUGUUUGAUGUUUGCACAUGCAUCAAUAAAUACUUAAUUGUGUGGCA